GGUUCUGUAUUUAGAGAAUAUUGGACCAGCAAUGCAGCAAUGAAGCAAUCUGUUUGGUUGAUUUUAGUUAUUGGCCCUGCUGAACUAACUUAAUCAUGGUAAAUGUUACCAGAGUUAUUUACUCAAAGAGUAUACUCACAUCUACCAUUUUGUGUACAUGUGGGCGAGCUGAGCCCUAAUGGCUGCUAAAGUUAAAAAAUGUUUAUCAUGACAUUAAUUAAAAGUUUUAAUGUUAAUGCCUCUUACUGUAAAAGUUUUGUUAGUUAAAUCUGCGUGAGCUACAUUUUGUAAUAUAAGAACGUAUUAUUAUCGAUGUUAAUGCUAAGACUUUUCUCAGGUUGAGAGAAAAGACAAUGAAUCAGCUCUGUUUCAGCUAGACGAGCAGUGUCGUACAUAUGAUGGUUUGCGGAAGACGCAUGAUGCACAGAUAGUAAAAAUUGCUACAGAAGCAGGUCUGCACAUCUUCCCAGACCAGUGGUCCUCACUGCUGUAUGGUGACCAAGAUCACAAGUCUCACAUGCAGUCAAUUAUUGACAAGCUACAAUCACCAGCCUCGUUUUCUGACAGCAUUGAGCAGCUCAUCAUUUCUCUUCAGAGAUCUGGGGAUCCUGCCAAUCUUUGCCAGAUGCAAAAGCAGUUUGAAUUGCUGUCCCAGAUUGAUGCCUCUACAGAAGCAGCAUGUCCAGAGUGGAAUGAGUUAGAACAAGCUAUGAGUUCAGUGUAUUCUGUGGUUCAAGGACUUGUUGAUUUUUUAAAGUCUCCCAACAACAGCAGAUAUAAAUCCAGGAUGUGUCGGAAUCACGCCCGAGGAGGAUGUCCCAAGGGACUUCAUUGCCCAUUUGCACAUUCAGAGGAGGAGCUGAAAUAAUAGGUGUCCUCGCAUUACUUUCCAUAGUAGAAUCUUGUUUCGAGUGGCCGCGCUCUUUUGAUUGGCAAUCCGGGGGAAAUCAGUACAUGAGCCAGCAUUAGUCACCGCAGCUACUGUUAUUGCGUAUGUUCAGAAACCAUUAUUGAAUUGAACGCAGACAUACUCAAACCGGUUUUAGGAUUUCCUAGUCCAGGUUUUUGAUUGGGCGUUCGGUAAAUAAACGCUGACCGACAACGCGCGGGCUCUGGCAAGGGAAUUAGACUCUGGAUAGUCCACUGGGCUACGAUCCUCAGUUAAAAAAGCGUCUUCAUCGAUAUUUGAGUUCUAUUCCAAACGUUUGCCGAGAAGCGAGCAUAUUUAAGAACCAACAGAGAUCUUAAGCGAUUAUUUUACAGUCUUCUGGGCUCAAUAUUAAGUAGUUUGUUAUGGAUUAUAUGAAAAUGAA